GGCGGCUUCUCCUCUAGGGUCACUUCAGAGAGUGCCGCUGUUGCCGCCGCCAUGACACUCGAGGCAAAGUAGUCUCCGCUUGGCGGGAGCCUGGUUUGGGGCUCUGAAGCUGUUGUUGAGAGGAGAACGAUGCCCAAAGCCUGCUCUGCCGUUAACUGCCCCAACCGGGACACUCGGGAGAAUCGUGCUAAGGGCCUUUCUUUCCACAGCUUCCCCAGAGCUAUUCGCUAUGGGCGGUUUAUAAAUGAAACAAAUAAAAUAAUAAAUAAUAAAAUAAUAAAGCCCACGAGCUGAGGAAGAAGUGGAUGUUGGCUGUGAAUCGCAUUGAACCAGGAUCCAGGAAGCUGUGGAUCCCAGGCUCGGGCGCCUGCCUCUGCUCAGAGCACUUCAGCCAGGAUGAAUUUGAGAUGUACGGAGAGUAGAAGGCGGGUGUGAUCCCCUCUGUGUUCUCCUUCAAGGUCACUGGCCCUGCUGCACACCCUGAGUAUUUUUGCUAGCUGCAACAUAUCCUUGAACUCUGAUAAUGCAUCUUGCUCGUCUGGAUGGAAGAUAAAGAGGGUAUGUGAGUAUGUGUGGAAACUAGCCUGCUAUAUAAAGGUAAAAAUUGCAUUCCUUGCUCCACUUAUUUUUGCUGCUGGCCCCACCCACCACUGGCACAUGGCCCUCGGAAGGUUGCCCAGAAAGAAAUGCUGCCUUUGGUCUGAAAAAGUCCUCCUCCCAUCUGAAUAGACCUUUGGUUAGAUCCAGCAGGGCUCUUCUUAUGGUGUGCAGGUCAUGUGUUUUUGUAUCUUAAUUGUUCCUUCCCCCCCCAUGUGUCUUGAUGUUCUUAUAAUCCAAGCCGUGCUGCAUUAUUUCAUAAUAGGAGUUUCAACUAUUUUUACCAAGGUAGAAAGGGCUGCAAACAAUCGCAAUAAAAAGCAGUACUUCUGAUAUUAUGAUGGCUGACUCAAAGAUUAUCUAACAUUGAUAGACAUUGUUGAUAGUGUCUCUCCCACCCCAAACAAACAGCUGAGUAACUCUUAACUCUAUCCUCAAAGCUUGGAGAAAUGUUUGAUAAUUUUUUUUCUCUAGUGACAUGAUGUAUUAACAGCAAGAACCGCUGGGAGGAGCCAGUACACCACACUGGCUUGUAUUCCUGGCACAGUCCCUAACGGGUGGGCUGUGGUGAUGUUUCUAGAUUCAGAGGAUGCCUCUGUUGUGUUUUAUAUUAUCUAGUUAUACUUUGCAUUUUUAUGCUCCUGGAAGAUUUGCUUGUAAUAGAAAGUGGGUUUUGUUUUGUUCUGUUCUUCAUUUACUCUUGUGUCACUGAAAAACUCCAUAUUUCAUUGUUCUAGAGUAGGAAGGUUUUAGUAGUAAAAUUAUUUGGGGGCAAACAAGGAAUGAGGGUUAUAUUUAUGCAUUAUUCCCACUUCGUCUUAUUUUUUCUAGAUACCUUUGAAUAUUAAUCCAAAAUGUGCAGGCCAAGUUAUGUAUAUUUCAGGAUAUCUUUAAAUUUCUAUUUCUUUUUUUAGUGUUUCUUUGCUUGAUCAAGAUUUUAGUUUUCCCAGGUUACUUGUUAGGUUUGCAUAAUAGAAAAAAAAAUUACAGAUUUUUUUUUAAAAAAUGAUAUCCAUGAACACUGGAAUGCUUUAUGGAGAAUGCUACAAUAUGCAAACCAGAGCUUGGAAGUAACUCGUUAUUUUUAACGAGUUACUUGUAAUUAGUUACAAUUUUAAAUAACGAGUGGGUAAUUCCAUUACAUUUGACAAGUAACGGAACGACUAGUAAUUUCCCUACUUUUCAGCUGCAACUUUAACGUUUCCACAUUAGGUUGCAUGUUACUUGGGGGCAGGAACAAGGGGAAGUCAGCUCCUGGCUGUGAUUGGUUAACACAAGACAUGUGCCUCACACUGAUUGGACCUCUGCGCAGACUGUCUCUUCCCUCGUGAUCUGUGUUAGGAGGCACGAGGGAAGAGGUGUAUAGGCAGGGCCUGCUAGCGUCUGAGAGGAAAAAAUUGACGCCGGAGGAAAAAGCCAGGGCAAGGACAACGGAGGAGAAGGCAGCAGCAGAAUGGCGAAGAGCUGUGGAGAGACGCCUGUUGCAGGUUUUGCUGCUGAGAGCAGCAGUCAGUUAGUGCGGCCACUUGAGUCAUAGCUUGUUGAUCCUGAGGAGGCAAAACUAGAAAGUGAGGUUCAGAAAGGAGGCCCUGUGCACGAGGAGGAGGAGGGCAUGAAGCAGUGCCAGUUGCCCACAGCCACAUCUGCAGAACAACAAGUACCAUGGUUUGGCUUUGAGAAAGCUUGUACAUUUGUGAGCCAGAGUGGGAAAAAUGUUGUACGAUGCAAUUACUGCCUUCCAAGGAUCAAAAAUCUGAGAUCAGCUGUUUCCUCCUCAUCCAAUGUGAAGAAACUUUUUGAGAGGGCACACCCUGAGAAGCUGAGAGCAAUUGAAGAAGCAAUAAAGGCAAGGAGACGUGGCCUUCCUGAACCAAUGCAUGACACCCCUCCUCCCAAAAUGCUGAAGCAGCAGCAGACAACCCUUGAGAGGUGGGGAUCUGGCAGGGAGCCUGUCACCCAGAGCAAUCUCGACAGGAGAAUCAUUGAUUUCAUUGUAGAGGAGACAUUACCACUUCAGACUGUGGACAAACCAUCAUUCAUUAAUCUGGUUCGCAUUGGACUCCCCAAAGAUCUCACCAUCAUAUGUGCCAAGACUCUGAGAGACAGAAUUGAGAAGAGAGCAUGCCACAUGAGAGAAACUCUUGCAAACUGAAUGGGUGCUGUGGCAUAUAUAGCAACCACUGCAGAUUGUUGGACCAAUGGCAAGAAGAGUUACUUUGGGGUAACAGCCCACUGGAUCAACCCAACUACCCUGAAACGUGAGGUCGGGGCCUUGGCUUGUAAGCGUCUGAAGGGGCGCCAUACAUACGAUGUCCUUUCAAAAGCACUGCAUGAUGUACAUGUGCAGUACAGGAUCCACAACAAAGUUAUGUGCACUACUACAGACAAUGGCUCCAACUUUGUGAAAGCGUUCAGAGUUUUCAUGGCCAAAGAACCAGUGGAAACUGCAGGCACCAGUGAGGAUGAUGGUGAUAACCAGGAGGAGGAGGAGGCUGAGGUGGAGUUUGUGCCUAUCUGUGAGAUCCUGGACACAGGACCUGAGGCAGAGGAAGAAGCUGCAGACUCAGGAGAGGAUUUUGUUUUACCACCACACCAGAGAUGUGCUAGCCACACCCUCAACCUUGUGGCAACACAAGACAUAGAGGCCAUGCUUUCUGACUCCUCCAAAAGUAGUCUUCUUGGUCCUUUCAAGAAACAGUUUCGUUCCUUGAUGGGAAAGUGCAGCAAGUUGUGGUCCAAGCAGAACCAGUCAGCCCAGAUUGCUGAGUAUAUCCGUGCGCAAUGUGGUGUGUAUCUGAAGGUACCGAAUAAGACCAGGUGGAAUUCCACCUUUGAUGCGUUGAAGCAACUACAUGAGCUCCUGUCAACUGUGCCACUAAAAAUGCAUGCCAUAAUGGACCGCUGCUCCUUGUCCAGGAUCACAGCUGCUGAGAUUGAAAUGGUACAGGAAUACACAGAGAUUAUGGAGCCACUAGCCCAGUCCCUAGAUAUCCUGCAACGGGAGAACGGCAUGUUCAUGGGGUAUUUGCUACCAACGCUCUGCAAUCUGGACUGCAAGUUAGAAGGACUGGAAAACAAACCUGAGAGGUACACAUACUGUUUUCAGCUGCUGAGAGGUGUGCGCGAAGCCCUAAGAAAGCGGUUUGCAGCUAUCUGGGAGGACAAGAGGCUUCUUCUGGCAGCCUGCCUACACCCUCGCUUCAAACUAGAUUAGCUGGAAUCGUGUCAGGCCACCACCCAUACCAACAAGUAAGAACAUUAGGGAAGCCCUUUGGGUGGAUUACUCCAAGGGAAAUGUUGUCUCAAGGGAGGCAUCAGAGGGCUUAAGGUGGUAGGCAGGGGCUGGGCCUUUUCUUCCUGGGGCUCCUCAUCACAACCUUGGGUUGCUGCAGGUAAUCCUUAAGGGUCUGCUGUGCUGCCCCAUGAGUGUGGUGACUUGGUCACCUUCCUACCUUCCAUGUCAUCAUCCACAGGCUCAGGCUGGACCCUGAACCAGGGGACAUGACAAGCAUCAGGAAAUAAAGAGCAGAUGAUGGUUUCCUAACAUAUAUAUGUUAACAUAUCCUCUCUCUUUCUUCGAUACACAAUGGAAGCCUUGUUGAAAGCUGAAAUAAAGAUGGGUGUACUUAAUGAGGACAGUGAUCAGUCUUCAGAUAAAGACCAGGAAGGAGAUGACUUAGAAGAUGACUUCUUUAACUUUCUGCCCCAGGGCAAGAAGUCAGCAGUGGACACUGCUGAGGAGGAACUGGUGAGGUACCUGAGGUCUCCCAGCAGGGAAGUGUCAUCACUCCAUGGCUUUCCACGUGUGCUGCGGUGUUUUUUGCAGCACAA